UAUCAAUAUUUACCUUAGUAAACCACACGCCCACUAUUAAAUACCAACCCCUAUUGCAUUGUAUAAUAAUUGUGUAUCAUCAAUACACUAAAGCUGGUCCCUAACAUGGCUGAGAAGAGUGUAGACGCACUUGCCUCUGCUGGCGAGUUCACCAGGAGGUUGGUCGCCUCCUAUGCAGACCACUUCCACCCCCAACGGGAGAGUACAGACGGGGGUGGUGAGGCACACCCCCUCUCCACAGCACUCAAGUCCCUUGACCUACCCAUCUCUGGAAAUCAAGUUCAACAGCUGUUGUCUGUCUCCAAGGAACUCCAAGUGCGUGGGCAGUCCACUGUGGGGGAGGGGCUCUCCUGGGGGGAGUUCUGUGUGUGCUGUGUGGAGGUACUCGAGCUUAAAAAGAAAUACCCAGUGAAUGGCGACGAGAGUGGUGCUGACAGAGGAGUAACUAACCACCCUCCUAAAACCGCACCAGCUGUUAUGAACUGCCACGCCUCCCGACAGUCCGCUGAGGUGUUCUUGGGCGGAUCGUGUAACCCCACCACCUGGAGGAGGGACCAUGCCAUUCCAGCACUGCAGGCCGAGGGAGUCACUUAUUACAAUCCUCAAGUGGACGAAUGGUACCCUGAGCUGAUAGAGGUAGAGGAGAGGGCCAAGGAUGCUGCCUCAUUACUCUUCUUUGUUAUAGACAGCCAGACACGAGCUGUCUCCUCCAUGGUAGAGAUGGCUUUCUUUGCUGGUAUGGGUCGUGACCUAGUGGUAGUGGUGGACGACAUACUCAAGGACAGUCCCAGGAUAGGGGACGACCAGUUGUCCAGUAGGGAGGUGGAGGAUCUGAACAGGGGGAGGGCAUUUGUACGCAGUCUGCUCGAGACAGGCGGGUCGCUCCUAGCACUCUCAGUACAAGAUGGGGUCAAAGCAUCUUCAGAGAUUCUGAAGGGUGGCAUGUCAGUGUCCCAGUAUUCAAGCUCUACACGCUGUCUGUCUGUACCUCGCAAUCACGGUCUGGGGGAGAGACUAGCCCUCCUCAAACAGGUCUUCCUAAUGUACGACACCAACAGGAAGGGGUCACUAUCACUGCAGGAGGCUGUGCUGGCAUUUCGCUCUGUACACAUUGACACUCAUGCCAUGUACAACCAGCUGGGCUGUAAGAAGGUGGACCAAACUAUACGCUCCAACGAGCUCCUCUCCCGUUACGAGGAACAGGGGCUGACGUUCGAUGACUUCUGCAUGGUGUAUGCUGAGCUGAGGUACGCCCAAGUGUCUGAGGAAGCUGGGAAUGGGUCAUUGCUGGUUGGACUGGCCUAUCUCACUGCUCCAAUACAGUGGAUCAGUGGUUGGCUGUGGCCCACUCCACCCACACACCCCACUCAGACCUCUCACUAUGACGUCUUCCUGGGGGGCUCUUGUGGACACACAACAUGGAGGACUGAGAUAGCAGUGCCUACAUUCAGACAAACGGGUGUGUCUUACUUCAACCCUCAAGUGCAGCACUGGGACGUGAGGAUGAUUCCUAUAGAGAGGGAAGCGAAGGAGCACAGCGAUGUCCUAUUGUUUGUUGUGUGUGGGGACACUCUCUCUGUGGCCUCUAUGGUGGAGGUGGCCUAUUACAUAGGGGCAGGCAGGAAGAUGGUUCUCUGUCUGGUGGAUAUAUCAUGUGACGGGGGCACGGAGAUUGAGGGGAUGAAGUUGAGUGCUCGUGCCAUCAAGGACUAUAAUCGAGGCCGUGCCUACCUGGCCAGUGUGGCCAACAAGAACAGAGUUCCCAUCUUCACUAACAUCCCUGAUGCCGUGCAUAGAGCCAUGCAUCUGGUCAGGGGACACUAUCUCCCACGCUCACCAUCAGGGACCAGCGUUUGAACCAAAAACCUAUAACCGUGUUUACCGUACGUAGUUGUGUAUCUUGUCUCAGCGUCAUCUUUUUAAAACCUUUUUGAACCACUCAAGUACUACUUAUGUCAUGUUUGUGUAUGUGUCUCCUUGUUUUUUAAACCGCUGCAAAGCUCAUCACACACCUUCAUUUUUAUCUUCUUUCCAUUGUAUACUAGUCUAGUGCUCUACGUAUAUACACAUUGUAUUUAUUUUGAAACCAUUGUUUUGUUCAAUUAACCUUGCAGUUUUAACACAGUCCGAAUUUAAGAUUGACAAUUUCUUAAUUGA